AUGGUGGACAAGCAAGAUAAAUUCAGAGGUAUCUUUAAUAUAUUCACAACUCAGUACAUCUGGAAAACAGACUGGAAGACAGUCUCAAGCAUCGCGCUGCUCGGAGAGCAGCUGGCUGCAUUUCGCACCCAGGAUGGACGGGCCUACGUGGUGGACGCUUACUGCCCUCACCUUGGUGCUAACCUUGCCAUGGGUGGUCGUGUCAUGGGCAACUGCAUCGAAUGCCCAUUUCAUGGGUGGCGGUUUCGAGGAGAGGACGGAAAAUGCACCAGCAUCCCAUAUGCUGAAAAAGUGCCAGAUUUUGCAAAGGUUCGGACCUGGCCCUCCUGUGAAGUGAAUGGGAUGCUGCUGAUCUGGUACCACUGCGACGGGGUUGGCCCGACAUGGGCUGUCCCUGAGCAGCGCGAGAUCGCCACGAAGGAGUGGGUGUUUCGUGGGCAAACAGAGCAUUUCAUCAAAGCCCACAUCCAGGAAAUCCCAGAGAAUGCAGCUGACGCAGCUCAUCUGACUUUUCUCCAUGGACCAGCUAUUCUGAGUGGAACUGAUUUGAGAUACACAAGGUCCAAUCUGUGGGAUUUUAUGAAGCAUAUCUGGAAGGCUGAGUGGCAGCCAGAGCCUGAGCCCAACAAGCACUGUUCCCAGCUGCUGGUUAAACAUCAUGCCACUGUGUUUGGGAAACACUUCUCCUUGCUGGAUUUGACUGUUUCAGCCAGGCAGGUAGGGCCAGGACUGGUUUUUCUGAUCUUUGAGCAUGCUUUCCUGGGCCAAGGGAUCAUCCUGCAGACUGUGACUCCCUUGGAGCCUCUCCUGCAGAAUGUUGUCCAUAAAAUCUACUACCAGAAGAACAUGCCAGCCAUAAUCCCCAAGUUCAUCCUGAAAGCAGAGUGCAUACAGUUUGAACGCGAUGUAACCAUCUGGAACAACAAGCAGUAUCUCCCUAAGCCCCUUCUUGUAAAAGAAGACAGCACGAUCCAAAAGCACAGGCGUUGGUAUGCUCAGUUCUACAGUGAGAGAAGCCUGAAGUUCACGGCGCCUGAGGACCUGGACUGGUGAGGCCCGUGCUCCCCUGUGCUGAAGGUGGCCAAAGCCACCAGGUGCCUCCUGCCCAUUGGAGCUGGAGGACAGCAGAGUU